AGAUACUAAAAAAAUAUGACACAGCCUGAGGAACCUCCGGGACGCGCUGAGAAUAGAACUGAGGAGCACAGAAACGGGGAGGAGCCAGCGGCGCCCCGCCCCGCCCCGCGGCCGCAGGGCGGGACAGCCCCAACAGGCCUGGCGGGCCACGCCCACUGCCCUCACUGCGCACGCGCGGAGCCUCGGCCACAGCCUCUCCCGGCAGCGUCUAGGAGAGUCGCGCGCAUGCCUGGGAGGGGCGGGUCGCUCUCCUUCCAAGGCGGCGGCUCUGUCGCUGCGGCUGGGCCCAAGAUGGACCUCCCAGUCCUGCUCGCUGCUCCGACGGCGCGCGGAGGCCAACAUGGCGGCGGUGCUCCGGGCCGGCUUCGCCGAGGCCCGGGGCCGCCCCUCCCCGGCCCCGGCGCGCCGGGCUACCGCUGCCCCGAGCCGCAGUGCGCGCUGGCCUUCGCCAAGAAGCACCAGCUGAAGGUGCACCUGCUGACGCACGGCGGCCCGCAGGCCCGGCGGCCCUUCAAGUGCCCGCUGGAGGGCUGCGGCUGGGCCUUCACCACCUCCUACAAGCUCAAGCGGCACCUGCAGUCGCACGACAAGCUGCGGCCCUUCAGCUGCCCGGUGGGCGCCUGCGGCAAGAAGUUCACCACGGUCUACAACCUGAAGGCGCACAUGAAGGGCCACGAGCAGGAGAGCCUGUUCAAGUGCGAGGUGUGCGCCGAGCGCUUCCCCACGCAGGCCAAGCUCAGCUCGCACCAGCGCAGCCACUUCGAGCCCGAGCGCCCCUACAAGUGCGACUUCCCGGGCUGUGAGAAGACAUUCAUCACAGUGAGUGCCCUGUUUUCGCAUAACCGAGCCCACUUCAGGGAACAAGAGCUCUUUUCUUGCUCCUUUCCUGGAUGCAGCAAACAGUAUGAUAAAGCCUGCCGAUUGAAAAUUCACCUAAGAAGUCAUACAGGUGAAAGACCAUUUAUUUGUGACUCGGACAGCUGUGGGUGGACCUUCACCAGCAUGUCCAAACUUCUAAGGCAUAAAAGGAAACAUGAUGAUGACCGGAGGUUCAUCUGCUCUGUGGAAGGCUGUGGCAAAUCAUUCACUAGAGCAGAGCAUCUGAAAGGCCACAGCAUAACCCACCUAGGCACAAAGCCAUUUGAGUGUCCUGUGGAAGGGUGCUGUGCUAGGUUCUCCGCUCGCAGUAGUCUGUACAUUCACUCUAAGAAGCACCUUCAGGAUGUGGGUGCUCCAAAAAGCCGCUGCCCGGUGUCCAGCUGCAACAGACUCUUCACUUCCAAGCACAGCAUGAAGGCCCAUGUGGUGCGGCAGCACAGCCAACGCCAAGAUCUAGUACCUCAGCUGGAAGCUCCAAGUUCUCUCACACCCAGCAAUGAACUGAGCAACCCAGGCCAAAGUGAGCUCUCUAACAUAGAUAUAGCAGCUCUCUUCUCUGAUGCAUCUGCCAACAGUAGUAGUUCAGCAAGUGGGCCAGAUGAGGCACUGAAUUCUGGAAUCCUAACCAUUGAUGUCACUUCUGUGAGCUCCUCGCUGGGAAAGAACCUCCCUGCUAACAAUAACUCCUUAGGGCCCAUGGACCCUCUGGUCUUGGUAGCCCACAGUGAUAUUCCUCCAAGUCUGGAUAGCCCUCUGGUUCUUGGGACAGCAGCCACCGUUCUUCAGCCAGGCAACUUCAGUGUGGAUGAUGUGCAGGCUGUGAAUCCAGGCACAGUAGGUUGUCUGGUGGCACUGCCUGUGAAGAACUUGAAUCAGGACUCACCUGCUUUGACUUCCAGCAGUAACUUAGCAGCACAUCUCACCACAUCAAGCUCUUCAGGCACUUGCCAAGAAACUGCCAGUGCCCCAGAACUUAUGACUUCAAUCAAGGUGGAGCGAGACUCACCUCCUCUCCCAGAUGUGGUUGAGCAGCCAGAGGGAAGCUUAGGGCCAGGCCCGUCUGUGUUCUCCAGCCCCACAGAGAGGCGUGGUCCCCAGAAGGACACAGAGCUCAGUGCAGGCACUGGCAACCUCUUUUUGGAAAGUGGGGGCUCAGCAAGAACUGAUUACCGAGCCAUUCAACUAGCCAAGGAAAAAAAGCAGAAAGGAACUGGGAGCGAUGCAGGAGCCUCAGAGUCUACUCAAGGAAAAAUAAAAGGUGACAAGAUCAGCCCUCCUCGCUUCCAUGCAAGCCAGAACAGUUGCAUGUGUGGGAACCUCGCAGUGCCCAGUGGAGGUUGGCCAGCACUGGCUCCAGUGGCUGGGAUGCCUUGCAUCCAGAUCCCAGUGCUACAGCCUGUCUCACUGCAUCCGUGCAAGUUCUUACCUAUGUUAGGACUGACGCAUCAGGAUGACCCCUCAGGUGAAGGAGUCUUGCCGCUGGCCCUCAGCCCACAGCCCUCCACCUUCCACCCUUACUUCACCAUGGAUUUGCCUGUCUACGUCCUUCAGGAGGUGCUUCCAGCACCUGGAGGUAUUGCUGGGCCUGAGGCUGCACAGGUGCCAGGAAGCACUAUCAACUUGCGGGAUCUGCAGUGACAGCAGCCCCUUCCUAAGUGAGGUCAGGGCCUCCUUCCAGCUCUGCCUCCCGGAUGACUCAGAUGAUGUGGUACAGGGCCUAGAAGUCCAGCCUCAUUCUUUAGAGACUUUUGAGUACAUUUAUCAAAAGUAUUUCCUUCUGUUUUAUCAGGAACCAGUUGGCAGUGUACUCUUUGAAAAUGUUUUAUAAGCAGAGUGCUUCGGUGAGGCACAUACUACUUUGUCUAUGUUCAGCUGGGUGCUUUACAGCCGUUUUCCCAGAUCCUAUUGGAUCUGAGCUGUGUAGCACACAGUGCAUUAAAAAGAGAAAAAGAAAAGACAUGUGCAGGAAGUAGGGUUGCAUAUAGGUUCUCCGCUCAGAUACAGCUUUGUCUAUAGUAAGUCCAAAUGCAGUCUUUCGGCUUCAGUGUUUCAGUAUUUUGCCCAAGAGGGAUUUAGAAGUCCCACUUUCCUUUUCUGAGAGCUGGUGUGAUGGGCCAUAUCUCAACACUGAAUGGUUUUCAUGGAUGAAUCGUUUUUGCCACACUGUGAGCCAAAACUUGACCUAUUGCCACGGUGAAGCCAAAUUCUGAUCCAAUUCUGGCAAAGCAGACAGACAAGACAGUUUGGGAAGAAAAUGAUUGGUGUGUCUUGGUGCCUGACAGUGAGCUUUUUUCCCAGAGCAAAUGCAUAGCUCAUGAUUUGGAGAUGGGAAAGUUAAAACUUUUAAAAUAAUUUUCUAAAUUCUGUAUUUGGGCAUUCAUGUUAAAUAGUAAUUUGACAACAGUUUAUAAGGUGAUGUUCUGAAUGCUAUAAAUUAUAUGUAAGACUAAUAAUGGCACGCAUCUGUUUGCUGUUGGAGGUUAUAGAUACAAUAGGUCCACUUAUAUUUUUGCAGAAUAAGGUCUGUGUUGCAAGAGCAGCUAAGUUGAUUACCUUGCACAUACUUGUUAGUUAACAAACUGAACAUGGGGUGGCUGAGAAAUUUUUUUCCUUGUGCCUUUUGAAGUGUAUGUUUAUUCAGAUACUGUUUAGUUUUCAGAUGUGGUGUCAUCCAAGCUCUUCCCUUUCUGGGUUUGUUUCUCAGACAUUGGGACAUCACCUUUUGGAAAGGAUGCCUAGUUUGAGUGUUAAGUCCUCUCUGUGUCCUGCUUUGAAGUGCUGUCUACCCAGGUGCUGCAUGCCCCAAAGGAAUUACAGCCCCAUUUGAGAAUCGUUCCUUUCCACAUGUCUGUGCUGUAUCUGAGACCCAAGCUGAGGGGUUGAACUUGCUCACAAUGUUAUCCAGUGCCCUCUCCCUCCGUGGAGAGCAAGGCAUCCUUGUCUCCUCAAGGACCUGCACCCAGGAGCCCAUCUUACAGGCGAGCUUCUGCCUUUCUCCCACAGUCCCCAGUGAGUGUCUACCACUAAGUGAUUGGGACAGACUGUCAGUGUUCUGGGCACCAAGGCUCCCUUCCUGCUGGCGAUGGGCCCAACUCCUAAUGCAAAAGAAUAAAAGUUUUUGUAUUCUCACAAA